AUGGUGUACGGUGGCAAGCCUUCGCGGGGCUGCCAAAUGUGCAGAAUUCGCAGAAUUAAGUGUGACGAAACAAAACCUACUUGCAAGCAGUGCGCAAAGGCCAGACGCGUAUGUCCCGGGUAUCGAGACGUCAACAAAUCUCAUCCGACUUCCGAAGGAGGUAGUGCAAGCUCACAAGUUCCCGACAAACCUCAGCAAUCAGCAACACCAUCACUCGCACCCAAGUCAGGAAGAAGCGACGGAUUAUCUAUGGAAGGCACUGGCACGCCUUCUCCACGCUCGUCUAGCGACAAGUCGAUUCAAGCUCCGCCACCGCUAGCUGUAGACGAGCUUGCGUCCUGUCACUUCAUUUCCAACUAUGUUUUGAUUCCUAAACAAGGCUUAGCAACUACUCGUGGGUUCUUGGAGUUCGUACUCCCCUUGUUAAAAACACCGGAGCCAUCGCAGCACUUUCUCUAUGCGUUCAAAGCAUGUUCUCUAGCGUCUCUCAACAACCGUGUUGGAACUGGAAAUGAUUUUGACCGGGCCGCCCUGGGCUGCUACACGAAGGCUUUGGCUUGUACCUUCACAGCUUUGAAGGACCCAGUCUUGACAAAACGAGACGACACUCUGGCUGCCAUCUUGCUACUUGGACUUUUUGAGAAUAUCACUGCAAAGACACUUGGAAUGCUAGCAUGGAGCUCCCACAUCGAAGGUGCGAUUCAGCUUGUCAAGUCCAGAGGUCAGGAGCAACUUCGAAGCAAAAUAGGCCUGGACCUAUUCAUUGCUGUCCGAACCCAGAUGAUUAUUCAUUCCCUUAGUACUGGCAAACCACCAACACUUGACGUAGACUGGUGGGUCACCGAUCCGGGUAGUAACGAGUAUAGCAUGCAGCUCCAGCAACUCAGUAGUCGUGUGGGAGAGCUCAAGAGCGAGGUCAAUGCCCUUCUCGCCACAGUGACUCGCUCGUCUGAAAAUAUGGAGUUAAUGAAAGACACGAUACAAAAUUGCAAGUCCCUGGACAAGGAAAUCGUCACCUGGCUUCGAGAACUGCCAGAGCAAUAUAUGUGGAAAACAGUUGCAUGGGAGCCGUACAAUCCAAGGUGCGAUUAUUCAAAGGCCGAGGUCUUUCCCGGCCGUAUCGACGCCUACGUCGAUUUAUGGGUUGUAAACUUCUGGAAUGUUAUGCGUUGUAUGCGUAUUGUACUGGCGUCACUCACGAUACGCUGCACAGCCUGGAUCAACUUCCCGGCUGAUUACCGUACGACUUCAGAAUACGCGACGACAGUAAGAACUUGCGUUGAGGCAAUUUCGGAUAUUAUUGCCUCGGUGCCUUACCAAAUGGGGCUCUUCUCAAAGCGCAAGGACUUGCGGAGUCACGCGACGCAUUCCGUGUUUGGUUGCGGAGAAGACACAUCAGAGAAAGGCUUAGCCGGGUAUUUCUUACUUUGGCCGUUGGCCUGUAUUCAGGGCCAGGAUUAUCUCACAGACUCUCAGAGGACUUGGGUGAAGGGACGCUUGAAGUCUAUUGGCAACACUCUUGGUGUAAGAUAUGGCAACCUGCUGUCUCAGUUAAACGUGCGGGUACCAUCUAUGCUGAUUCUCAGGGACCGCCUGAAGAAUGAUCCUCACGAGAUGCCAGCUGACAUUGCAGCUAUUAUGGCCGGCACAGCAGCUAGCGGCGCCUCUCCUCCAAGCCCAGGCGCAUCGACGGCUGGAGGAGCUAUGCCACCGGGCUUACCUGGCAUGUCAAACCCGGAGAUAUCAAUACCUGGGAUGUCCGAAAUACCGUCAGCUCCUGGCGCUUCAGCGGAUGCUUUGGCGAAUCAGGAAGCCAUCCGUAGGCAGAUGCUUAAGCGUCAAACGGAAGAACUGGUAACAAAGGCUGUGGAGAAACCUGGGAAGCUUGAUGACUGGACGGUAAAGACGUGGCUGCAAUUAUAG